CAACAGCUCACAUUUGUAGCGGCUCGGUUGCAGGUGGACCUGGGGGCGGGCCGGGGCGGGGCCGAAGGCUUAUAGGGCUGCGCGCGGGCUCCCGCAGCACACAAUGCGCCUGCAGGCUCCGGAAGCCGCCGCAGUCGCCACCGCCGCUGCGAGAGAAGAAAUGUCUCAAGCAGGAGCCUUUUCCAGCGACCUCCUUUUGGACACUUUCCUGCGUGAGCAUGGCCCCGAAGCUCUGGAGGUCCCUGGCAUGACCGAGCUCAUGGAGGAUGAAGAUCCCGGGUCCUCCCUGUACAGUGACAACCGUGAUGACAUGGCCAUGCGGCUGGCCUUCAUUGGGGACGAGAUGGAAGUGAGAUGGACGCUGCCCCACAUUGCUGAGCUGCCACGGAUGGCCACGUACAGUUUGGCUUUCACCUACAACCAGGCAGGCCUGAGGGGUGUUCUUAGAAGUUUUACGGAUGGUCUCACUAACCUCAGGGAGAACAUAAGCUUCUGGAGCCUCCUGACCCUCAGGGACUGGGUGCUGCCCCCCCCAGGGCGCGAGUUGGUGCUGUCCGCACUGCUGGUGCUGGCGCUGCUGCUCGGCUGGGGACUCCGCCUCCUGCAGUGACGCCGGCCCCCCUCCGUGGGGGUGGGCUGGCCCCGCCCCUGGACCACCACCCUGGAGGUGUGCCUUGUUGGUUUUGUCUUUUUAACUGUUUUCUGAUGAUCGCUUUUUUAUAUUUAAACUCUGAGUGCUGGGACACUACUGAGAUUUUUCAUACUAGUUUUUUCUUGUUUUCUUUUUUUUUGUAAGACAAAUGAAUUCACUGUACCUCUAGGGUGGUUACUGGUUAACUGCCCACGCUGAGGCCUGGCUGGGCCUGCUCUCCUGGCCCCAGCCCACUCUGCCGUGGCCGGUCCCAAGGAGCCAUCCUCCCACGGGCUGCCGGUGUAGCGGGGCAGGGGUAGUGCCGGUCACACCCCUGGGUCUGUGAUGCCCCUGGCAGAGAGCGUCUGGGAUAGACCUGAGGGGAGGGGAGCUCAAUAAACUGUUGGUUCCA